CGAGUCCCCUCUCCCCCGAUAGCGAGUUCUUCUGCCGCACUCAGUAGCCUCGGUGCAACCGGCUGCACAUACAGAGGCUACAAUGUCCCACAAAAGCCAGGAUUCCGACCCAGAGGAGCUGCUGGAGGAUAUUGACGAGGAUGAAAUCUUGGCCAAUUUGUCCCCCGAGGAACUAAAGGCGCUCCAGAAUGAGAUUGAGGUUCUAGCUCCGGAUCCAGAGGUGCCGGUGGGAAUGAUACAGAGAGACCAGACGGAGAAAGCUCCAACGGGACAGUUUGACCAUAGAUCUCUGAUUGAUUAUCUGCACUGGGAGAAAGAGUCUAAGCGAAUGCUGGAAGAGGAGAGGGUCCCGGUGACUCUCCUGCCAUCUGAGAGAAACUUUCUAAGAACCGAGACGGAGGAAGCCUGCAACCAAAAAAACGAUGUAGAAGCAGUUGAGGAGUUGCCCGAAACCCCUCCAGAUGAUAACGUCAAUACGGCAGAAAAUCACCUCAGCGACGCAGAAGAGAUAUGUAUAGGGAAUGGGCAAGAGACACCAUCACGUGACAGCUCAGACGAGGAUUCGGAAAAAGCCAAGGAGAACGAAAAUACUAUGGAAAACGGCGACAGCCAACCAGAAUGUGACGUAACCGACCCAAUUCCUGAAACCGUGGAGGAAGAGAAAACCGUACAAGAAAUUAGCAACAGCGUUCAGACGUCGGAUGACAUUUCUGAUCCAGUUGAAAACACUCCAGAAAAACCUCCAGAAAAUAAGCCCAAUGGGAAAGUGGGCAAAUUAAACCUUCCGAAGAAACUGACACUCGACAGCAGCUUCAUAAAGAUGAGUGCUAGGCCUUCUGGGAAUCAAACCAACCUGGACAAGACGCUGCAGAGCAUCAGGGAGAACAACCCAGAUGUAAAAGAAGUCAAUCUGAAUAAUAUCGAGAAUAUCCCCAAAGAGAUGCUGGUUGAUUUCGUGAACGCAAUGAAGAAAAACAAAUAUGUGAAAGUACUGAGCAUGGCCAACGUUGGUGCCGACGACAAUGUGGCCUUUACCAUCGCCAACAUGUUACGUGACAACAGAAGCAUCGUCACCUUGAAUAUCGAAUCCAACUUUAUCUCUGGGAAAGGGAUCGUGGCCAUCAUGCGAUGUCUCCAGUUCAACGAGUACCUGACCGAGCUGAGGUUCCACAACCAGAGACACAUGCUGGGCCACCAUGCCGAGAUGGAGAUAUCGAGGCUGCUCAAGGCCAACAACACACUACUUAAGAUGGGAUAUCACUUUGAGCUGCCUGGGCCAAGGAUGGUUGUUACCAAUUUGCUCAGCCGGAAUCUAGAUAAGCAAAGACAGAAGCGGAAAGAAGAGCAGAAGCAGCAGCAGGACAAUGAGCAAGAUGAGCUUAUGGCCGCUCUAGAGAACGCAUUAGAACUGGGCAUUCCUAGGGAACUUUUAGAGAUGUUGGACAGGUCUCUUCCGAACUCGAGACUGCAAUCGAUUCCAGAGGAAACGCCACCGCCUCCUUUAUCACAACAGAACCGAAACAGACAAAUUAAAGACAAGCCCAAACAGAUCCCGGAGACCCAACACAACUCUGAACCUCCUCCUUUCCAAGCGGUAAAGCUCAAGAGGUUUCAACCCAAAUCUAUCGCCCAAAAGCUGUUAGAAGAGGCAGAUAAAUCCAGUGUCAGAGAUAUGAUCCAUCUGAAAAGAACAAGGCCCAAAGCGAGGGCGGUGGAAAAUACCCAGCCGUCCGAGAAAACCAAUCUGAAGGAUGUAAUAAGGACUCUUAAGCCAGUGCCAAGGAACCGACCACCUCCCCUUGUACAGCUAACACCGAGGGACGAGCUAUUAAAAGAUAUCCGCCAGAGUAACGUUGCCUACCUUAAAUCGGUACCUUUACCCAAGGAGCUGAAGUCGUUGGAUGAAGACGUUGAAUGAGCAAAUUGCAGAUGGAGCGGAUCAACACGGCAUAACCUUUCUAUGGACUGGGGUUGGAUAGAAGGGUUGGAUAGAAGGGUUCAGUGCUUGACACAAAUCUACUCUGCAUUCAGAUUAUAUAGUAUUAUAGAGAAGUACUGGUUCUGGAACAGCAGCUGCAGGUUGUAAAAUGUAUUGCUGUAUUCACUGUAACAGUGUGCUCUCCUGAGCAGGCAGGAAGUAGUGCAGCAAAAUAUGUGCUCCCCCAAAUGUGGUGAAAAAAUACAGUCAAGUGACCAGAAAGCAGAGUUGUAUGAAGCUCCAUUAGAUAGUUUCCUACAUGGCAAACACGAAGGGAAGUCAAUGUAUAGUCAUAGGAACGUACCUCGAGCUAUAUCUGGAAACGUGGGACAGAAAUAUGUAUAUAGGUAUCUGUCUGUCCCCAAACCCUCGGUACAAUUUAUACAUAUUAUAUGGCUGAAAGGCUGAGGUUCUUGUUAGUGCCAGGGGUGCCCUGUAGGCAUGUGUAGGGGUGUAUGUAUAAGGAUAUAUACCAUAUACAUUACAAUUAUACCCGACACAUUACGGAAACACCAACCUUCAGUAAAUGUGGAAAUGAAGCAGAAUAUGGAAGCUGAGCUGCCCCAUGCGUUGUGCUUAGGCCCCUACAUCUGCGGAUACAGAAGUCACAUACAGAGAGAUUGUUUUUAUAUUGGUUAGAAUUAUUAAAGCUCAAUAAAAAAAAGAAAGAUUUCUCAA